GCGUAGAGGGUGAUAAAGUCACAGAGUGUGGGGUGUGUGGGGGUGAAGGAAGUCCGCAGUCCCAGCGACAGACAGACAGACUGCACUGACAGCCGCGGCAGGAAGAGGUCUGAAAACCCAGCGCUGAUUCUCUCCCGUCACCGAAUUUCCUGAAGUGUUGGAGAAAAUCUGUUCAGGACAACAACGUGAAACCCACUUAUACUGAUGGACUGACUGCAAACUCAUCCUGCAGAUGGAGAAACUGGAAACUCCUGAUGUGACAGGUACUGUUUGACUCAUUGCAGGUGGGAAAACCAAAUGAAAACACUCACUGGACAAUGCAUUACACCCAGCAAAAUGAACAAGUAGAUAACUUGCCCCAAGGCAGAGGAGACUCCUGAUUCGGCACCUGGCACCCCUCCAGAUGGCACGGUUGAGUUUGCGAACUGCUGGGUUAGGGAAUGUAACCCAUGUGAUCCGACACAUAAAUGGCAGAUUCGGGGAGGAAGCCGCAGAUAUUAUUUUCAAGUCUUCUUCAGAAUCAGUUUGCCCAUUGGAUGUCAGACUUACCAGAAAAAUUAUGGGAUGAGUCGCUCUGCAAUCUGGCGAUCCCAGGAAGCCAUGACUCAAUGACUUACUGCUUAGAUUUAAACUCUCCGAUCAAACCUUCGGAUAAGGUUUUAAACUAUUUGGAUCGUGUAAUUCCCUGUAUCACUCGACCAGAGAUAUAUAAAUGGUGUAGGACACAGGAAUCCAGUAUAACUGAACAGCUGGAAGCAGGUAUACGGUUCUUCGACCUAAGGGUUGCUCAUAAACCAAAUGAUACAUCUGAUCAUUUAUACUUCGUACACGGGAUCUUUACAACUGUUACAGUCCUGGAGGCUUUGAAGGAAUUUCGACUCUGGCUGGAAACUCAUCCUAAGGAAGUGGUCAUAUUAGCCUGCAGGUUCAUUGAUAAGAUGAAUGAGCAACAACAUCAUGAGUUAAUUCAGGAAAUGAAGGACUUAUUUGGGUCCAAAGUAUGUCCCAAAACCUCUGUUGAACUUGUUUCACUAAAAAGGCUUUGGGAGUUGGGCUACCAAGUCAUCAUCUCCUACGAUGACAGUAUUGCAAAGGAAUAUCCGGAACUUUGGCCUGGGAUCCCUUAUUGGUGGGCAGACACAUAUGAUCCUAAAUUGCUCGUUCAUUAUCUAGAAAUGCAGAAACAGGCUGGACGACCAGAUGGAUUUUUUGUUGCUGGAAUAAACCUGACUGAAGAUUGGUGGUAUGUCCUGACUCACCUCUCCAGCUCUUUGAAGAGACUGACUUUUCCAAAUUACCCAUAUUUGAGUGACUGGAUCAAGAAGCAGGUCCCAGGACCUGAAAAGCACUGUUUUAAUAUAAUUGCUGGAGAUUUCAUAGGAGCUGGCUACCUGGUACCUGCUGUACUUAGUCUCAAUAACAAAUUGAUUUAAAAAGAGUGAAAUUGGCAGGUUUAUAAAAAAAAAAAUUGGAAGGCAUAUUUGAUCACUUUGUGAGAAAGCUGAUAAGAGGUCAUCUUGGUUUAGUGCUGGAGCUGUCAACCCUAGUACCAGAAUUUUACACGGAGAUGUCCUCGCUGCCGCGUCUGCUUGGCCAUGUUGCCCUGCAGCCAAUCAAUAGCUAUCGGGUUUGAGGUAGGACUCAGAACUGCCAGCCAAUCAACUGGGAAUGGUGGCCACUACUGGGACUACAGGCAGUCCCCGAAGAGAUGCCAUGAACCAGGACUUAUCUUCAAGGCUGGUGAUU